AUGGGUGGAGGAAUCACGUGGGUGUCCAAGUUCGGGGUCAAUCAAAUAGUGACACAGAGACUCAUGUCCUGCCCUACCCUCAGGAAGGCGAAAACAGCCCUAUGGUUGAGUUCUGUUGGCAUUGUCGUCAUUGUGACUUUGUGCACACUGAUAGGGGUGCUCAUACAUGCAUUCUACAAGGACUGUGACCCAUUGCAGUUCAAUGACCUCGUAUCUGGUUCUGAUGAGCUGCUUUCGCUGUUUGCGAUGGACAUAUUCGCAACCACGCCCAUCCUGCCUGGUAUCAUUGUGGCAUGUAUCUUCAGCGGGAGCUUAAGCACGCUGUCGUCGGGUCUGAACGCCCUUGCUGUAGUCAUGCUGGAGGACUACAUCCGGCCCUACUGCUGCACCACCUUCACCGACUUCCGGGCCACAGUCGUCUCCAAAUGUCUUGUGGUUCUGUGUGGAACGUUGAGCAUGGCUUUGGCCUACGCAGUUUCAUUUUUGGGGAACAUUUUCCAGGGAGCGACUGUUGGAUAUAUCACUUCCUUUACAUUCAUGUUAUGGAUAAGUAUGGGUGCGUACCUUAACGGUGUAUCGACCCCUGUGUCCAGUACGUUCGUCAACGGAUGCAACUGGAACGUAACUGGUCACAAUAAUACAGGACUACACACUGCUCACAACUUCACCAACGGCGAUGGCCAUGCUGCUGAAGAAGUAGCAGCAAAGGGCUACUUAUCAGUUUAUGAUGUGUCAUACCUAAACUACUGCGCCACGGGAAUGUUUGUCACUGUCGUCGUCGGACUAAUGGCGAGUCUUGCAUCACGGCGGUUUGCUCCAGAAGCUUCUGUAUCUAGCCAGUACAGCCGAUCUAUUCUAGACGAACUCUGUCCGUGUCUGCCCAAGAAGGUUUUGAAAGUGUUACGCUGCAAUGCUCAAUCAGAACAGAAACACGUCAUAUCUCAUAAGAAACUGACCCGGGAAGAUCCAGGUUAG